AGGUGAAAUACGGGUAAUUUAAAAAGAAACCGUUUGAAAUAUAAUAAUACUUUGACUAUUGCAUAUGGAUUGUGGAUAUAAACCGUGGUGUUGGUGAGAUAAUCCAAGAAUCUGUUACAUUUUCUUGAGGUAAAUUCUCAUCUGUUUGCUCGGACUCCUGAACAGGACCUGCAGUAUCAGAUCUGAGAUCUUCAAGCUCUACAGAUUCUUUCUGUCAUUGUGAAGAAACAUCUUGAAGAAUGAGAAGCCUGAUGUUCCUGCUGGUCCUGGUGAUCUUCUGCUCUCUGCAGAUGACUUCAAGUGCUACCAUUGCAAUUGAGUCUGAAAAUUCAAAGUGCUGUAUGGAGUUCACUAAAGUGAAGAUUCCUGUGAGACAGGUGAAGUCUUACUACUGGACCAGCAAAUGCAAACAUGCUAUUGUGUUUCAGAUGUUUAAAGAGAAAGAGAUCUGUGUAGAUCCAGAGACCCUCUGGGUGAACAGCCACGUUGCUAUAGUGGACAAGAGAAAAAGAGUCUAAAACAAGCUAUACUGUUUCUAUUUGAACUCUGAAUUUUGUGCUGAUGUAUAUAAAACUAUUGUAUUUACAGAAUAAUUUAUGUGAUUGGAUUAAUUUGUUUUAAUAAAAUAUAAAUAUUUUUAUCAUCA